GCGGGCCCGGGUUCAGCGCAGCGCGGGGGCGGCGGGACCCCGGCGGCGGCCGCGGGGCCUCCCCUGGCGCGGUAGCCGAGCGCUGGGAGAGUUGCGAGGGAAACGCGGCUCCCGCUGAGCCAAUAGUAGCAACAAAAACAACUUGCGCGAAGAGGUUUGAACGACAGCGCGGGGCGGUUUGGUACAGCACUAUGGGCAAUGCACAGGAGGAAGAUGAAGUAACACUCCUUGAAAGAGAUAUGAAGGAGUUUUGGAUCCAGCUUAAAAUCAGUCAUGGCACUGAACAGAGCAAUCAGACUUCAGCGCUGAGAGAUUUGUACAAGGAGACUGUAGAGGCCCUUUCAGAGAAAUGGUCCAAGAAGCUGAAAGAAGAGGACCUGACCAAAGACAAAAUUCGGGAGUAUAAAAAUGAGAUUCUCCAGCAGAGCAAAUAUGUAGCAGAAAAGGAAGAGCAGUUGACAGAAAUAAAAUCAAAGCUAAAUCAAGAAGAAGAGCAGCAGCAGAACUUGACUGACAUCAUCCAAGGGCUUAAAGAAGAGUUGAGGAAGAAAAUGGAAAUAAAAUCUUCUAAAAAUAAAGCUGCCAAGGAGAAAGUGGAACAAGUGAGCAAGAUUACAACAUUGUUUAAAGAGCAUCUUGGAUUGGAGAUGCGUAGAAUACACGACGAGCAAUUACAGUUUAUAUUCAGACACAUUGACCACAAAGAUCCUGACAAGCCAUACAUAUGUACACUUCACAUAAAUGAACAAGGGGACUAUGAAGUGACUUCCUGUACUCCUCCUCUGGACUGUAUUGCAGAGUUACAACUCAAACUGAGAGAAACUAACAAUUUUUCUGCAUUUGUUGCCAACAUCAGAAAAGCUUUCACUGCUUUAUCAUAUAAACAGUCUGCAUGAAA